CCAGGCGGUGUCAGGCUUCACUUACAGUUUUCAAUCAUAGUUGUGCGCACAGCGAAACCUUGUGUGGUGGCCACCUUUCUCUUGCUUGUUUUUUCUUUAUUUCUUACUGAGAUGUUGCAAUGUUCCGAGCUGUCUUACAAAACGCGGAUUUGUGUCGGGUGAUUUUCUACUUAGUUCUUACAUCUGGUUGUGGAUCAGCCAAUGCAGACGGCUGUCAUGAGGUAAAGACUGCAUACAUGAUGCGCCAAAUAGGCCAGGUGGAACUGGUGCCAGAGAAUCCCCAAACAGAUAACUCCCUCCAAGUGUGUAUCCACUCUGGGCCGGGCUGCUGCACCAGUAAGAUGGAGGACAGUUACAUGGCUGCUGUUCGCAGUGAGACCCAGCAAAAGAUUCGUUCCUACAGCUUUGAGCUGAAAUAUCUGAUUGCUGGACACAGAAAAGCCUACCAAGACACCUUUGAUUCGCUCGUGUCCUUUACAUCUAAUUUGACCAGCGCCUUGCUCGAUAGCGCCUACUCCAGUCUCGCAUCAGACUGUCGACCCCAUGUGCUUCAGCUUUUCAAUGACAUUAAUGGUCAUCUUUCGGGGGAUCCUAACUCCUUUCUGGAAAAAGGAGUUGGGAGUUUCUUCAAUGAUCUCUUCCCACUUGUCUACCGCCAACUUCUCAACCCUGGUAUUGGCCACACGACACCCAAAUCUUUUUCUUCUUCUUCCUCAACCAGUUACAAAGAUUGCCUACGAAUGACACGGCAGGACAUCAGUCCAUUUGGGCCCCAUCCUCAACUCCUGGUCUCCAGCCUUUCUCAUGCGCUUGGCGUAGGCCGAACAGUGAGUCGAUUGCUAAGAUUGGCUGGGGAUGUCGUGGAUGCAACCGAAAAGGCAACACUAUCCAGAGAUUGUGGACGGGGCUUAGUAAGGAUGCAGUAUUGUUCCCAUUGCAGGGGUCUGACGUUGAUCAGGCCCUGUAUUGGACUCUGUGUUAAUGUUAUGAGAGGAUGUCUGGUUGGGAUAUCAGAGCUUGCGGCACCCUGGAGAAAUUUGGUUGUAUUUCUCCAACGGUUAGCAUCUACCUUAGCCACCAGCAGCAACCACAACAGCAUGGAGCUAGCACUGUUAGCGGUCCGGAACCACGUGAAUGAUGCCAUUCUGCACGCCCAGCUGCAUGGUCCACGUAUCACUGCAAUUGUAGAGAAGGUGUGUGGGCCACAGGUAGCUCAUCCUAGGAUGGUAAGCGGGCAUCCUAAUUCCUCACAUGCUACAACACCGACUGCCCGGCUAACGCAAAGAAUCCCAAAGAGGGUGGCCUUGACAUCUUUCUCAAUGGGUUCUGGUGCUUAUUCAAAUGUUCAGCUACAGUCUCAGAGGUCAUUCCCUCUCAAAGGAUCCAGAGGUGACAAGAGCCGUAGUCUGAAGAAAUUAUCAAGGGAGUUUGAAGGCUCUAUCCAGCGAUACCAAUUGUUUUUCUCAGAGCUACCAGAGAUGCUUUGUGAAAGUGAAAUGGCGGUAGAGCAGCACACAUGUUGGAGUGGUCAAGAUGUUGUAGAGAGUUAUGCAGGUCGUGUGGUUGGCAGCACUUUAAAAGCCCAGAGGGAGAAUCCAGAAAUGACUGUCCGUAAUAUGGAUCCUGUCCUAAGGGCGGCCAAACAACGAUUGGAGCAGAUAACACAGGAACUUUUACUGGAGCUUGGAUGGGCACGCACAGCCAUAAGAAAGGAUGAGGAAGAGGACGGAGGGAGUGCAGAAACGGACGCAGGCAGUGGAUAUGAUUGUGAUGAUGAAGAUGGCUGUGAAGCAUCUGGUGAGGUGAAAGGUAUUGACACUGAUGAUUUAUCCAGUGGUCACAGUCCAGUGAUGAAAGGCAGAGUGGUUCUUCAUCCUCCUCAUCACCGCAUUCCUCCUCAUCUCAACUCUCCAACAUUGGGGUUACCACUGCUUGUCACCUUUUUCCAUGUGAAACUAUCUCCAACAUCUUCCUCUCUAACAUCAACAGCCCUCACGUCUUCCCUCACAAAAUCCAUCAACCUUCUCAACCUGCUCACUCCGAGAAAGAACCUCAACAUCUUCAUUUCCACCAGCUCUGUUUCCUGUUGUCUCUUUAGUGCAACUGUCUUGGCUUUCCGGGGAUGGAGGAGCCUAUUAUUAAGAAGGGGGCCCAAUCGGUGGGUUCCAAUUACAUUCUGGAGGUCCAGUGUGGUUUUCAUCCAGCCAUGGUGCAGUGGACUGGCUCUACACACUCACCACAGUUCUAGAGGGUGCACGCGAGUUCGUCCAACAGUCUAUGUGUGCUUUGUAGACCUGGAGAUGGCAUUUGACCAUCUCCAUCGGGGAGACCUAUGGAGGAUGCUUUGGGAGUGUAGGGUACCAGACCCCCUGAUUUGGGAAUUUCGAUUGUUCUUCAAUGAGUGUGGUCUGCAUUGUCAUCACUAAGUUAAAUUCAUUUUCACUGGGCUUUGGCCAAGGCUGCCCUUUGCCACUCAUUCUCUUGAAGUCUUUUUGAACCUCUGGAAUGAUUAUGAAUAAUGAACAACAACAUGUAAUGAUCUUGUGAUAAUCAAUGAUGAUCAACACAAUGUAAUCGUUUAUUUGAAUGAUUCCUAGGCUACACCCCUUGUAAUUUAUCGAAAAGCGGUGCUUUUUGGUUCUCAAUUCAAAAAUAUUAUGAAGACAUGGUACAGUGAAGAAAAUAAGUAUUUGAACACCCUGCUAUAUUGCAAGUUCUCCCACUAAGAAAUCAUAGAGAGGUCUGAAAUUUUUAUCACAGGUGCAUAUCCACUGUGAGAGAGAUAAUCUAAAAAGAAAAAUCCAGAAAUCACAAUGUAGGAUUUUUAACGAUUUAUUUGUGUGAUACAGCUGCAAAUAAGUAUUUGAACACCUGUAUCAGCUAGCAUUCUGACCCUCAAAGUCCUGUUGGUCCGCCUUUGAAAGUACACCUCCACUCCGUGUAUUAUCCUGAAUCAGAUGCACCUGUGUGAGGUCAUUAGCGGCAUAAAGACAACUGUCCACCCCAAACAAUCAGUAAGACUCAAACUUGACACAUGGCCAAGACCAAAGAGCCGUUCAAAGACACCAGAGACAAAAUUGUACAACUCCACAUAGCUGGAAAGGGCUACGGAGAAAUUGCCAACCAGCUUGGUGAAAAAAGGUCCACUGUUGGAGCAGUCAUGACAAAAUGGAAGAAGCUAAACAUCUCAAUCAGAGUGGAGUCCCAUGCAUGACAUCACCUCAUGGGGUCUCAAUGAGCCUUAGAAUCAGCCCAGGACUACAUGAAAGGACUUUAAUGACCCGAAAAGAGCCAGGACCGCCGUUUUCAAGGUGACUGUAAUACACUAAGAUCUCAUGGUUUUAAAUCAUGCAUGGCACAGAAGGUUCCCCUGCUUAACCCAGCACAUGUCAAGGCCCAUCUUAAGUUUGCCAAUGACCAGUUGGAUGAUACAGAGGAGUCAUGGGAGAAGGUUUUGUGGUCAGAUGAGACCAAAACUGAACUUUUUGGUCAUAAUUUCGAACGAAUGAUGAGUUCCAUCCCAAGAACACCAUCCCUACAGUGAAGCAAGGGGGUGGUAGCAUCAUGCUUUGGGGGUGUUUUUCUGCACAUGGGACAGGACGAUUGUACUUUAUGAAGGAGAGGAUGACCGUGGCCAUGUAGUGUGAGAUUUUGGGGAACAACCUCUUUCCCUCAGUCAGAACAUUGAAGAUGGGUCGUGUCUGGGUCUUUCAACAUGACAAUGACCUGAAGCACACAGCCAGGAAAACCAAGGAGUGGCUCCGUAAGAAGCAUAUCAAGGUUCUGGCAUGGCCUAGGCAGUCUCCUGACCUAAACCCAAUAGAAAAUCUUUGGAGGGAGCUGAAACUCCGUGUUUUUCAGCGACAGCCCAGAAACCUGUCGGAUGUACAGAAGAUCUGUGUGGAGGAGUGGGCCAAAAUCCCUCCUGCAGUGUGUGCAAACCUGGUGAACAACUACAGGAAGCAUUUGACCUCUGUAAUUGCAAACAAAGGCUAAUGUACCAAAUAUUAACAUUGGUUUUCUCAGGUCUUCAAAUACUUAUUUGCAGCUGAAUCACAUAAAUAAAUCGUUAAAAAAUCAUACAUUGUGAUUUCUGGAUUUUUCUUUUUAGAUUAUCUCUCUCACAGU